AUGGAUGAAGAGGAAGCCAAAGCAAAUGAAGGCCCUGAAAUAUUGCUACCUCCUGAUUUAGAGCUUGAAAUGAAAUCGCUUAGUUUAGAAGAAGAAACCUUAGAUGAAUUUUUUAGAGAAAAUCAACCUCAAUUGAGCAGGUGUCCUGUGUGCAUUAUCAUAAUGACAGUAUUUUUCACAAUCAUCAAUAUCGCAUUGAUAAUUGUAGGGUUUUGGCUUGCUUCAGAUAAACUUUCUAAAGCUCUACCUUGUUGAAUAAUUGCCUCCUUAUUAAUGCUUCCAACUGGAUAUUGCUACGGCCUACUAAUUAAAGCUUAUUAUGCAGAUCCUGAAGAAAGAGCAAGCAUUUUAUUUGAAAUUCCUGAUAUCUAG